AUGAAGCUUAAGGUGAACUGUUCUAUGGGCGGCGAGGGCAAAAUUACGAAGGAGCUUGUGAUACACAACCCCGCAGCGACGCUUAGUAACCUGCGCGCCGCCAUUGCAAUCAACUUCCGCCUACCGGUCCACGGCUUUCGCAUGGUCCACGACACCGCGGAUUUUGCUUGUGAGAAGGUGCUGCUUCGUGACAGUGGGAUUUGCGAUGGCGAUUUGAUAGUCGUAGACGCGAAAAGAGAAAGAGAGGAGGAAACGGGAGGUGUCUAUAAGGAGCAAAAAACGGGUACAGAGGUGGGCCCCAACCAACAGCAACGCUCCGAGUCAAAACAGGCGGUUGCAGCCCCAACGGCUUUAGUGGCGAAUACGGUAACGCCCGCUUCAGCUGAGUUGACUGUCCCUGAGAGAAAUGCCAACGCCGCGGAAGAGCCGGAUGGUUUGGGCGAUGGCGGGACAGCGGCAGGUGACGACGAUGAGGAGGAGGAGGAAGAAGAGGAAGACGGUCCUGCGGAGCUGUUGAGUCACCUUCUUGAAACGGUCCCGAAUCUUGUGGAAAUGCGACAACAGUUUCUGUCCAAUCCGGCCGAAAUUAUGCAGCAAAUUCAGGAGCGUGAUCCGCGCCUUUUAGAGCUCAUCACGAGCAACUAUCAGGAGUUUCUCGACCUCGUGAACAAUGAGGACCUCGUGGAGACCCUGCAGCGGGAGCAGGAGGAGGCUCAUGCGGCUAUUUUUGGCGAGGAGGAAGAACUUGACGAGGAGGUGGAGGAGGCCGUCAGCUCCCUUUUGGCGCAGUUCACGGUGAGGGGCGGCCUGUCGGAGGAGGCGGACGAUGAGAGCACCGAGGCGCAGAACUACCUGGAGAGGCCACUGACGGAGGAGGAAGAGGCGAAGGUUGAGCAGUUGAUGCAGCUUGGCUUCACCAGGGAUCAGUGCAAAGUGGCCUUCUUCAAGGCUAAGCGAAGUUUGGAACGUGCAGCAAACCUGUUGUUUGAGGACCCUCCACAGUUGUAG